GCUUGGCCUUACUUAAGUGCAAAAACCGUGAAGUUAAGUCAACUGACCGCUAAUUCCUUAUAACCCGUCCAGCUGUAUCUUAACAAGCACAUUUUUAUCAUUCAAUCAUAGCUAUAUAAACAAAUUUUGUUUACCUACUGUCCGCCUAUUAGUGUGUGUGAAUUAAGGAAAUAAUUAUCAUGGUGGGAUUAAUCAUCGCGUUGUGUUUGCUGCCAGUGAGGAGGAUAGUGGGGCAGAGCACAGUCGUGUCCAUUCUAAGCUCGAAAGCGGUACCUUCACAACAGCUAGAGGCCGCCCCUGAAUGCACUACAUUCAAAACUCCUGAGUUGCCGCCGAAACUUUCAACUAACAUCCACAUGACCAGUCACGAUCGUGAAGGCAAGUUAAACCGUCCAUCGCUGUCUACAACAGAGCGACCGCCACUUUUUGUAUCGCACGCAACACCGGAUAGAAUGGCAGCACAGCCUUGCAACAAUAGUCAGAAUGUCACGAAUGACGCGGAUAAAAUGGUUUUCAAGGAAGAUGAUGAAGAAAACCAGGUGAAGUUCACCAGUCCUCCACCAAGACAUACCACCGAUGGACCCAUUAUUCCAGCUGCAACAGCAUCGCUCAACACCACUCAAGUGGAGCUGGAUGAGCGCUCAUCGUUCGACGGUGAUCAGUGCCCCACAGGAUAUGUUAGAGUGAACGGAAAAUGUGUGGAAAAAGAUUAAACGUGUUUUAUCAUUAACUUUGAUUUUAUUUAAGUUUAAAUGUUAUUGGAAUGUUAAGAGGAGAAACUGUUUGAGACUUAAGUAUUUUGAAAUAUAACAAAUCAACCAACAGGCAAGAAGAGAUUCAAGCGUGGGGUUAGUUAAUAUGGAAGCUAGUUUGGAUCAAGUACUUAUUCGGUUUGUAGGGAAAUAUACAGACUUACUUCAGAAAAAAGUUCUAAAAGAACAAAGAAAAAAGUAUAUUUUGGUUUGGUGUCUAGCUGUUAACAUACCUAAUCAGCUAAUAAAAAAAGUUUGUUAUGAGAAUCUUGGACAUAACAAAACUGCGACUGCAUCUUGUUAUACCUACCUUGUAAAAUUAAAUAAUUGUAGUACACUUCAAUAAUUAUUGUCGCUGCUACGACACUAUAUUAAUUAGACAAAUUUUUUAUCUCGGUGAACACAUUUCCCAGCAAUUUUGACCAAACCAGUGGGACAUUUGUUCCCAUUAAAGUUGUCAGUUAGUCUUCUGUAAUUUUCUCUACUCGGAUACUUUUCGGAUUCUUCGCCAAUAACGGGCCCCGCAAUCAAGAAGAUACACAACAAUGUUACUUUGAAGCUGGACAUAAUUAAUUCUCUCAAUAAUAGCGUAUAAUAUUUUAUUACCUCCAAUCCAAGUAGGGGAAUAAGGAGUAGACGCUCUUUACGUUUUCCUUAAAUACUUUACUGUUGAUACAUCCUUUUGUUUUGAUUAAAAAUUUCAUGUGCGAAAUUGUAAAAAAUUGUCACUUAACCUUUUGGUUAAUUAUUUUCGUAUUUCAGCUAUAGGUAUUCACAAUUUUAAAUUGAUUAUGUUUAGUUUAUGAACCUCGAAACGGAACAAAUGUAGGUUAGUGACCCAAUAUUGUGUUAUAAAUGUUUAAAAAUACAACAUAUACCACUUGAGUAUUGUUCGUUAAACAAAAGCGAUCACACCUGAAUAAUUGGAAAAUACAACUGCCUCGACAUUUCAAGACAUGAACAGUCUAAAAAUUAUUGUUGUAAAAUGUUUGUGCAUACUUUUGAUUUUGGGUCUAGCUUAUUGUGACGAUGAUUUUGAUGAACAUGAAUAUUUCAAUAGCAUUAUUAAGAAUUUCGGUGUUCCCGUCCCACCCGUUUCACCAGAUUCCACUGAAGACGUGGAUUGAAAGCUACUAGAAGAAGCGCGAAAUAAAGUUUGUUCUGCAA